AUUAUUGGAGAUGCUUUGACAUAAAGAAAAGAAAAAUAGAGCCAUUUCCUAAACGUUAUGGUUUGGGGCGUUUUUCUUGCCGAUUAACAACCUCUCUCCGGCGAGAAAACCACCUCCAAAUGGUGUUGGUACUCUUCAUUAAGAGUCGGGACCAGCCGGAGAAGCAACGCCUACAGUGCAUGACGUUUCAUAAUCAUAACAAAUCUCCACAAAAUCGAAGAGGGAAAAGAUUUCUAUCUUGGAACUGCUGGUUGAUGUGUGCACCUGACUACUAAGUUUGCUAAGAUUCAUCACAAGAGUUGAAUCUUUUAAAGUAUGUGGCUUUGUUGUAUGUAUUUAUGUUCUUGUGUGCAGAACCAAACGAGGCAAAUCUUGAACUUGAACCAUGGUUAGCUUAAAGUUUGUCAAGAUUAUUAAGAAUGAACAUUCAAAGAUACAACUGGCUCUUCCACAAAAGUUUGGAAUGCUUUUUGGAGAUUCACUGGCCAGUAGUGUGUCUCUUGUUCUUCCAUGUGGCCAUACAUGGAAGAUUGGGUUGAUUAAACAAAAUGACAACAUAAUCCUUCAAAAGGAUUGGCAAAAAUUUAUUCAACAUUAUGGGAUAAAUAGGCAGCUACUAAUAUUUGAUUAUAGAGGGAAUUCAAAUUUUGAUGUUUUCAUAACUGAUGAUAGUUUGUGCGAGAUUGAUUACACUCACUUUCCUUUCUAUUCUGAUGAGAAGAAGAAUGGUAAAUCACCUGUGAUUAAUUUAACAUCAAGUGAGGAGUGCUCUUCUAACUCAGAUUACAAAGGCAAAUCCAUGGUUAGUGAAGAAAGUGAAGAUGAGACAACUAGAAAGAUGAAGAGGAGGAAUGAAGGGGCAUAUAAUACAUACAGAGAUACUAAAGCUUACAAACAAGCUAGCCAAUUCUAUACAAACAAUCCAUCAUUCAAAAGAAUUAUAAGAGCAAACAACAAUCGUCAGUAUAAUCUGCGUCUACCAGAUAGUUUCGUUACGAAUCAUGUUGGAUCAAAGACUCAGAUGGUAUCUCUUGAAGUUGGGAGUAGGAAAUGGGAUGUGAAACUUCUAAAAUGCAAGGAUAGCUUCUUUUUUACCAAAGGUUGGGCUGCGUUUCUUGAGGCCAACUCUCUAAACACAGGAGAUGCAUGCGUUUUCGAGUUUCAGCCUAGGGAGCCAACCUCGCUCAAAGUCUCCAUCAUUAAAAAAUAAUGUAGUUUAGUUCUUAAUGAUGAUGAUACUUAUAUUCAGUUUCUCUUAGUCUAAUCUUCUAAGUCUAACUUUAGCCUUUGUUUGUUACCAAUUUGAACAUGUUUUUGUUGAAGAGGGUUCUGUUUAGAGAUUUUAUAUAUAGCCUUCUUUCUUUGUUGUUGAAGUGCACUGUAGCUACAACUGCAUAUGUGGUGAUGAAAUGAUGCUAUGUUGGGGAAGUUUUUCAAUUGUAACCCCAAAUUUGAAGUCAAGUUGGAGUUGCUCUUAUCAACAUUAUUAUCAAGGAAGUACUACUCUAUAACUCCAAAAACCAAAUUGUAACCUAAAAAUAAAAAUACAAAAAGUUGUCACUAA